CUCUGAAAAAAGUUGACUGUUCACAGAAGUUCUUACAGAAGUUCAAAAUUUAAGUCAAAGACAGAGUUCUUUUCUUUUCGUCCAUUACGACUAUUGUGAGAUUUAAAUUGCUUUCCUGGACGAUUUUUGGGGACGAAGUCAUUUUUGACUCAGAGAGAAAGUCCGAGAAGCCCUGGUAACUAGAAAUCAUAUUUUCCAACAUGGCCGCAUAAACCAUCGAUUAAGCAAUUUUAAUCAUUGUCGUUUUGAAUUUUCUUUUUUCUCCUACAUUUUUUCUCUUGUCGCAAAUUUGGAAAUUUUUGAUAAAUAUCAAAAAUGGGUUCAUCAAAAAAAAAGCGUGAAAAGGAGAAAGAGAGCGAUCGCAAAAAACAUAAAAAGGAAAGAAAAGACAGAGAUGUCGAGAAAUCAAAGUCUCAAAGAAGAAAACGUGAACAUGAUGACGACGAUGAAGAAGUUCCUCAUCAUACUAUACAAAAUCCUGUAAAAGUUGAUGAAAAUGUAUUUGAUUAUGGACAUGGAUUUGUCAACAAAAGUAAUCAAGAAAAUGAACCGACAAAAGAAGAGGCGUCAUUAAGCAUUGAAGAAACAAAUAAGAUCAGGGCAAAACUUGGUUUAAAGCCAUUGGCAGUUGAUGACUCAAAUGAGGGAGAUCAAAAGAAGAAAGGUGAUGAUGACUUUGUUCAUGCUCCUCCUGUUAACAUUGCGGAGCAUGAAAGUCAGGAAAAGUACCGUGAGAAAUUGAAAGAAAUGCGCGAGAGAAGAGAAAUGGAAAAGAAACUUGGAAAAGUAAAAAAACUAGCUGACAGUGAUAGUGAAGAAGACAGUGCCUUAUCGUGGGUGAAGAAAGUGAGGAGAAAAGAGAACGAGAAACAGUUGGCUGCAAGACGUGCUCAACUUCUUGAAGAAAUGGAUGAAGAGUUUGGUGUUGGAGAUCUUGUUGAUAACGUGAUGGGCAUUAAACCUAAAAAUUACACCGCCAAAGAUUUAAAAGGAUUGACAGUCGAACACUCUUCUAACAUAAUCAAGGAAGGGAAAAAUGUGGUCUUAACUCUUAAAGAUUCAGAAGUAUUAGAUGAUAGCGAUGACGUUUUAGUAAACGUGAACUUGAUUGAUGAUGAAAAAGCGGAAAAAAACGUAGAAUUGAGGAAGAAAAAGCCCGGCUAUCAAGCUUAUGACGAAUUUGACGAAUCGGGAGAGCAAAAGAUUCACGGACUGUUGUCUAAAUACGACGAGGAAAUUGAUGGCGAAAAGAAAAAAACAUUCAGUUUGGGUAAAGGGGGUAGCGUUAACUUAACAAAGGAACAGGAAAUGCAAAAAAUACGUGAUACGUUGAAAAGUCAAGCAGUAUCGUUAACGACACCUCAGUUGGCCACACAAAGCGAAUAUUACACUGAGCAAGAAAUGUUAAAGUUUAAAAAACCGAAAAAGAGGAGAAAGAUCAAGAAACGAGAAACUUUGAAGGCCGAUGAUUUGAUACCUCUACAAAACUCCGAAAAGAACGACCAUGGUUCCAGGAAGUCUAAACAACUGUCGCAGAAAAUUAAGCUUGAGUCUAAUCAGGACGAUAAAAUGGAGUGGCAAAUGGCUGAUCCUAAUGACAUUUCUAUCGUGGGAGGUGCUCCAAUGGAAGACAUUGAUCUUCCAACAGAAGAUGACGAUGCUCAACUGGAGUUACAGCUGGCUCUUGAGAGAUCUCGACGCUCAAAGUUAAAGAAAGAAAAUGUUGGUAUAGAGAAGGUUGUCGAGUCCUUGACGUCCAUAUCAAGUAAAGUGGAUACGGACACCGCAAUGAGAAAUACUAUUGUUCUUGACUCUACCUCCGAAUUUUGUCGAACGCUUGGCGAAAUUCCCACAUACGGCACUUCAGGAAAUCGUGCUGAUGUUGAUGAACUGGAUGAUGAUAUGGAUCUUGAAGAAACUGAAACUGAACCUGGUGGAUGGGAAGCUGUGAAACAAAAAGACAGCGGAACUGAGCAUGCAAAAUCAAAAUCAGCGUUGAAAGAUGCAAACGUUUUGGAUGAUGAACCCACGUUGGGUUUGGGCGUCGGUGCUGCGUUGAUGUUGGUACAAAAGAAAGGUUUGAUUGAAAAUGAUAAAAAGGAAAGAAAGUUUGCUGGUGGUCUUGCCCUUCCUGAAACCGUAAAGGUUAUUGAUGAAGAGAAAAUGAGGGACGAAGAAAGAGACAGAUUACGUGAAAGAGGUCGCGAUCGAGAACGAGAAAGAUAUAAUCCAAAUGCUUUCAAAGAAAAAGUUGGCUAUAAACCAGAUGUUAAAUUGGAGUACGUCGAUGAGCAUGGCCGACAGAUGAAUCCUAAAGAGGCGUUCAGGUAUUUAUCGCACAAGUUUCAUGGCAAAGCAUCCGGGAAAUUGAAGAACGAGAAGCGACAAAAGAAAUUUGCAGAUGAUUUGGCCUUAAAGAAAAUGAAUGCAGGCGAUACCCCACUCAAUACGGUGGCUUUGUUCUCGGAGAAACAAAAACAAGGACAAACACCUUACCUUAUUCUCAGCGGUGGGGGACAGACUUUCGGCUCGGGAACUACAAUCCAAAAAAGAAAAUAAAUUGUAAGUAUUCAGGUAUGACGUAGUACACAAACUGCUAAUAGUCAUAAACAUUAUCUUAACGGUUGGAAAACAAAAGCCUGCGCACGCACGCACGUGUCAGGUGUAUGUUGGGAUGAUGGCUAUUGCAAAACGUAAAGAAAAUCUUCAAAAACAUUUUUAGCGUCUCCUUUUUUGUGUCAUCUGCUAUUCAACUGUCGAACAUUUUAACUCUGUAAAGAUGAUGAAUUUGUUUCUUAAAAAAUGCACAGUAAACUUUACACGAUAAAAGUAUGACUAAUUUACAGCUGUUUAUUCAGUAUAAAUAUACAAUACCUAUAUACGCUAACGUGACACAUAAAUACAUAAUACAUUACUUACUAAUGUUAUUAAAGUGAAAUAUAGUAAUAUGUAUAACAAUAACACCCCUUUUAAUUGUGUUACAAAGUCUAUGCUACAAUUGAUAAUAAAAUGUUGCUUUAUGGCCUUGACUUUCGGCCACGAUUUUA